ACAAGGACUCGAAAUUCUACUUUUGCUCUUAUUGUUUUUAAUUUUUAGUGAUUUGACCUGUUCUGAAUUACUACAUCGCAGCGUUGUGGAGGAUUACAAAAAGGAUUGUCGAUGGCAACCAUGGUGUUCAAUUAAUCGUUACAACACAUUUGGCGAUCACCGAAGCAUUGUAUCCAUAUUAACUCCAGUACAUAGAAAUGAAUCGGAGAAAUGGUUAAUGGAAUCUAAAAUGGCAGACAAACCCAAGUAUUUAACUUAUAAGGAUCUUAAGAAAGAUAGUGGUAAAGGGUUUUAUCAUUGGAUGCGUCCAUAUGAAAGAUUUAAACCAAAACCACGGAAACCAGAUAAUGUUCUACCGGAUAGGUUGCCUUGUGCCUAUUUAUUCAGAGUCGUGGAGCAACAAUGGAAUGAGAACGAAAGAGAAGAACUGAAGGGUGGCAAGGAACUUUUGUACGCUAUUCUAAGAUAUCGUCAUAUUAUUGAGAGUGACAGUGGGACAAUUUUGAACAUACCAAUUAUUGACUUACGACCUGAAGAUGAACGUCGAACCGAUAGUAUUAUUCAAGCCAUCGCUCAUAGGACGUAUGAAGAGCUGAAGACAAAAUUGGCAGAAGACGUCCAAAGUCGUGUGAAAAUGACAAUUACUACAAAGGAGCCACCGUCGCAAGACGAAAUGUCUAUAGAUGGGGAAAUCGAUGACGGAGAGACGACUGGAGAGUUUAAAUCAACAGAAGAAGUCUCUAGUUUAGUACAAGAAGUGGCAGCGGCUGAAGAGUUGAGCUCAAAUCUUAAACGAUACUGGCGUCGCCGAGGUGAAGAGUUUAAAGAGGAACAGUUUUAUCAGUACCUUCUUCGCGAAGGCAGCGUUCCACCGUACUUUAGAAAUGUGUUAGGAGGUGCCAUCUGGUGGGAAAUGAAUAACGCGGCAGGUGAAGCGGCUACGGUGGCUGAACGGAAAAAGAUGAAAUGUCCUUGUCCGGAUGAAGAAGUUUCAGAUGUGCCUCCUUUUAUGUAA